UUGAUCUCUCUAAGACACUUUCCUAUAACCCAGUACAGCCUCCUAUACCACCGAAUAUAACCCCUUAGUUUUUGGUCUUUUAAAAGCUGCCUAGAGCACUUUAAAUCAGGGUUAAGCUACAAAGACAGCUGAUUGCACACUUAUCUCAGAGCUUUAAAAACCGUUUUCAUAUCUUUAGAAUAUAGUAAAAUAACAUCUGCAGACACGUGGCAAAAUUUAUGUUUUCUUACACGUUUCGUAUCGUUUACCUCUCAAUAAAUAUAUGUGUAAUGUGUCGCUUAUUGUUUAUAUUGAUCUUCGCGGGAGCGUUUGCUCAUGGAAAUAGUUUCGAAGUGCAUUUUGAAGAGACCUAUCCCACCUACCACAUCAACUCGGAUCAGGACUCAAUCACACAAACGGGCAGCGGAUGUGCCCAGUUCUUUGAUCAAGCCAGCUUUAGUUUUGAUGGUCUGACCCGAGUGGCUUCGGUGCCAGUGCCCUUUCCCUUGGAAUUUGCAUUCUCCAAUUGCCCACGAUAAGUAUGCACUGCCCUGCACAAGAGUGCAGCUGGAGUGCGUCACUUUGCCGUAUAUGAAUGGCGUCCAUGACCAGGCUUACCAGCUACUGUGGAAUUGCCAGCACCGAAAGCGGUAGCCCUGGACUGCCGCUUCGCUGGACGAGGCUACGUGGCCCUAAGCUACAAUCUAACCGAGGAUGUGACACAGGCCCGGGAAGGUUCCCCCAUUUAUGAGCUCUCCGCGGAAACGGGAAUUCGAACUGUGCAGUACUUUUCGGGAACCCGACUGCGCGGUAUGUAUCUGCGGAUCAGCAGCCAGGAGCUCACUCUUCUGCAGGCUUUCGACUCGGAAGCAAAGUGUCCCUACUUCAAGUGGAUGGGUCGGAGUUUCCAGCGUCUGGGAUCGAUUCCCUGCAGCAAUGCCCGGCGGCUGGAGGCUUUCGGCGUAGAUUAUACCGAUUAUGUGGCUGUGGCCAACUAUGCGGACGCCGAGGGACGCACCGCUACCCAUUCGGAAAUCUUUAAGUAUGACACCAAGACACAGAAGUUCCAACUCUUCCAGCGGCUACGCAGCAAUGGAGCCGUGGACGUGAAGUACUUCAGUUUGCCGGUGAACGAGGUUACCAGGCGGCACUUUCUCAUUCUGGGCAACACUAUUGGUGGAUCCAACGCCGGCGGAGAAGGAGAGGCGGACACCGUGAUCUAUGUGUUUGAAAAGGGUCAGUUUGUGCCCUAUCAGCGGCUGAGUUUCUUUGCUCUGGAAAGGGUUCUACCAGUUCAGCACUCGGUAUCUGAGAAGUUCUUGCUCCUGGUAGCCUGCAACAAGCAGGACGUCAAGAUCUUUAACCUCAACGAUUGGAGGUUCGAAGAGUCCAAAGUUCAGUUUACAGAAGGUGCCUUAAGUCGCGGCGUGGCCAGAAUGAGAAGUUAUGAGGAGGGUCCAAAGAGCUUUUUAGUUAUUUCUAAUGAGAACAUGGCUGCCAACGAGACCAACAUCUUUCAGCCGCUUUUUAAGCAGGACGAACACGCCAAUAUACUUCGACAACAAAUUAUUGACUGGGGGGAGCAGAGAAAGCGAUUGGAGCGUGUGAAUGUGGAGGAGUUACUGCAGAGGCUACAGGAUAAGCAGAAAAAACGUAUAGAGAAACUUCAGACCGCCCACAUAAAUAGAGUGAAAGCCAAAUCGUUUGAGGAUAAGCACAUGAAGCUGAAUCCGAACUACUGGAGCCUGGAGUUGGCCAAACAUGCUCUGGAUGUUAUAGAGCACAUUGGAUUCACCAGCUCCCGACAUCCAGCUAAAAGAGCCGCAGAUAAACUCAAGGAGGAGCAUCAAUUCGAGGAAGUCACCGUGGACACCCUGGUGGUGCACGGAUCCAUUCAAGCAGAUCGUAUCAAUGGAGUUGAUACCAAGAACCCUGUUUACGAGUCCGUGGCAGCCAACAAGGUAUACGUGAGUGAAACGUAUACAGAACCAGCAAGAAAACAGAAGAAACCGCUUCUCGAGGAGCUGGCCGUGAAGGAUCUAAAGCUGGAGGGCAGGCUGAAUGGUCUCAGGUGGGAGGAUUUGGUGGAGCAGACGCUCAAACGCAGCGGCAGAGAUGUGCAAUUCAUAAAGGCCGUAGCAGAUAUCUCAAAUCUCAAGUCCGAUGCUGCACAGGUGAACAGCAAUGAGGUGAACGAUCGCCCGCUGGGCCACCUCAUCCCAGUGGAUGGCGGCAAUUUUAUAGUUCAGCAGGAUGUGCAGUUUGCCCAGCCCGUCCAGGUGAACCGAUUGCUCAUCAAUCAGCGCCUCAACCACAUCCAUGUCGAUCGUCAGCGCUUCGAUGUGUUGCUCAGGCAGGCAAAUAACACCCAGGUGAUCCAGGGAUCGAAGCGAUUCGAGAAUGUUCGGGUUUUGGAGCCAGUUACCAUUGCGGGUCCCAUGAGUGGAGCUGAACUAAGGGCCAUGUCACCGGCGAAAGUAACUCAUCAACCGCUGCAACUCCAGGGUGAUUUUGUCAUAGAUGGUGAUGUGACCAUUGGAAGAUUGCUGCAGAUGAGGGAUUUGGUGGAUGAACCCACACAAAGAUCAACAGCAGAAGUUUUGAGUCGCAGUCUGCGCCUGGAUAACUCCCUGGAGAAUGUUAAUCUCAAAUUUUUGAAGCCCCUUACAGUCAACAAUACCAGUAAGCUUCCUCAAACCCGAGACUUGCAAAACCUGGUUAAGCUAAAUGUGGAUGAAGUGCAGGUGGUGGAGGGAAUGAAGGUGUUUCCACAGACCCUGCAGAUCAGCGAGGGGUUCGGCGAAGUCAAGUGGCUGAAUGGAAUCGACGUGGAGAAGCUACCGGAAACAUUGCUUACCAAAAGUGGCAACCAAACAAUUUCUACUUCAAUAGAGUUACAAGGCGUGGAAGUGGAGCAAGUGAAUACAUCUCAGAUAGCAUUAAAUGGCUUGGGGCUCGACGACUACCUUCAAGUUAGCGGAGAUCAGCAGUCGAAGGGCUCCCUGUUUGUUGGCCACUUGGAUGGGGAACUGAAUUUGGAGGAUCUGCACCUCAAUGGCCUGCUCUUUGGCCAACCUCAAUCCUCUAUCCUUGCACAUGGUAGCCAAAACCUGGACAGUUGGCAUCUGCCGCCCGACUUUAACGGUACCAUUUAUGCCCAGAAUCUGUGGGUUAGCGGGAACAUCAACCAGGUGAGCGUGACCCAAUUGGAGCAGCAGUUGCAGCAGCUGGCAGGCAACAUAAAGUACGUGGGCGACUUUAACUUUGGCCACGCCAUAAAUAUAAGUUCUCUGAGCUUCGGGAAAUCCCUAAAUGGCAUCCCAGCCAAUCAGUUUGGUCGUUCUUGGCUGGAGUUCAAGGGAGAUCAGAACUUUACGGCUCCCCAGGUGCUGGCGUCACUGGAGGGUAAGCAAGGCGUUUGGCUCAACGGAGAAGUUAACAACUAUACCUUGGACGAUCUGGUAUCGAGCUACAGGCUCAAUGCCUCGGAGCACUUGCAGGCAGUGCGAUUUGAAAAUCCCAUUGUGCUGCAAUCGGAGCUCCAAGUGGGUCUAUUGAAUGGCCUUCGCGUGCCGGAGGAUGUGCUUUACCACAAUACGAAUAAUGGCGGUUACCUCACCACUCCAAUUGGCAUUGAGGGCAACCUGGAGGUCGGAUUCUGCAAUGUAAGCACGUUAAAUGAGUAUCCGCUGAUCAAUCUGGCCAACUAUUUAAAUGGACAACAUCUAAACACCUUCCUGGCCGAGAAUGUAAAGUUUUCGGCGGCGCCCACUUACAACCUGCUGAAUGGUCACAAGCUGGACAAGCUCUUGGACCAAGUGUGGCUGGACAAUGAGGAUGUAGAGCUUAGUGGAGUACAGCUGGAGUCGGGCAACUUUAAAGGCCUGCUAGAGUUCCAGGUGGGGAACCAUCAACGGCACCAGAUGGAGCACAUCAAGAGACACUACCUUAGUCGGACGCGCGGCCAGCAAGUGAAAACUCCCCUUAACUUCCAGCAUGACGUCACGUUCGCACAGCCUCCGACGGCGAGCGUUGUGGACCUACGUGGCAGUGCUACCAGCGACAGCGCCGUACUUGUGGAGGGCACUUCUAGCAACUUUUCUCUAAACUUUGAUGAAUUCGUGGCAAACUCUUUAAAAACAGCCGGACCUCACACAAUAAGUGGAAAAUGGUCUCUGUCGGAGGCCUCGGUUUCGGGAAAUUUGAACAAUGUCAUGGUUAACCAAUUUGAUCUAGCUACAGAUGUACUGAGGAUAAACCAAGAUAAUGAUUCUGAUCCAACGAUCCUUGAAGCACCGAAAACCGUUAAUAGUGCCAAUAUAAAGCUGUUUGUUACGCCGGAAAGUCGGGUAGCAGACGUUUCCAUGGCCAAGUGGAUCACCGAGGCGGCCUACAUAUAUGGAAACCACAGCAUAGCGGGAGUAACUCGCCUGGAAAACGUCAAUCUUUACAAUGAUCUUCGGGCAAAGGGACCCGUAAAUGGCAUUAUCUGGCAUCCGGAUAAACUCCUACUACGCGACAAGGAACAGGAGAUGCAGGGAUCCCUGUUGGUGGCCAACAGUCUACCGGAACAACAACGAAUCUUUACCAACAAUGUAGAGAAUCUCCAAGUAGACUUUGUCAAUGGACUGCCAGUGAAUGAAUUGUUGGUCAACAAGGCGCAGAACCGACCCAAUCUUCAUGUAGAGAGCCAACUGGUGUUUGCCCAACCGCUCACAGUCGGCCAUUAUGAGUUGGGAAACGGUAUUGGUCCUUUGGACAAAUAUUACAAAAGGAAACGGGACGUGGACUCCAACUUUGUUAAGGAUUUGCAGCAGUUACAAGAAAACGUGGAUGCUAUAAAGAAUAGAUUGUCCAAGCCCCCGAAAGUCCUGGAGAAGUUUGCCCUGGUGCAGCAGCUACCCACAAAGUUGAUCAAUCCAGUUAUACUCUCCGAAAACGAUGAUAUACUGGCAAUCAGGGAGCGGGGCUCCUACGAAGUGAUCUUCUACGCCUGGAAUCCGGAUAAACACCGCUUCGUGACCGUUUCAAGCUUAACAACACUGCCAGAGCGUCGCCAGCAAGUCUUGGAGCGAAUAUCACAGGAUGACGGCUUAUUCCCAGCGACAAAGGGACUACAGCUUGGCCUGUUCACAUUCCAGUGCCUGGGGCUUCAAGAAGAGGAGAAUAUAGUAAUCGAAUGCCUCGACAAGUUUAACAAUAGUCGGAAAGCCAUCAUCAUAGCCAGGCGGGAUGCAAAACAGUUGUUGGCAUUGACCAAUGAUUCAGAUGAUACGUCCAUUCUGCUGAGAACUUCAAACGCCGUGGAGUUAUGGAAAUGGAGCAAUGGCAAUUACUCUUUGGUAAGGAGCCUUCUGAACGGGCAGCAGGUGGAGCACAUGACGUUAAUGCAACGAAAAGCCGGCAUGGAGAGUGGUUUCUUGGCGAUAGUGGCUUCAUCCCCAGCAGCAGAGAUUUGCAUUUACAGAUUUAAGAACAAUGACUUCCAGCUGGAUCAAGUCUUGGAGCUUCAAGACUCUCCUCAGGCACGGGAAGUACGCUUUAUGCACUUGCCAGAGUCGAAUGAUCUGCUGCUGUACGUUUCCAAUCAACCAAAUCAACCGCUCACCAUUUACCAGCAUCGCGGAGCCGCAGGAUUCCAGAAAAUCCUUGGAGAUAGUGUCCUGCCUGAAGUCCAAUCAUUGAAAGUACUUCAGCUGUCCGUCAAUAAGCUGCAACUGCUGUCUGUGUCCACGGACGAAUCGGUAUUCUUGGUACAGCCACAGUUUACCACACUUUAGGUCACUCCGAUCACAUUGAUUCGUUAACACUUGUUUUGUUUUUUCUAAAUAAAAAUUUACUUUUUAUUAA